ACAUAAAACGUCGUCGUAUUGCCCCUAUUUCUUUCCCACUCUAAUACUUUUCGGUUUUUCCAGAAUUUUCCCCAAUACUCGCAAUUACAAACUCGUCUGCCUACUGCCCUUUCCCUCCUCGGAAAAUUCUCUGGAAGUUGUGCACAAAUUUCUCAAAUACAAAGGUUUCGCUGCAGAUUGCUGAGGAACACUUUUUUUUUUUCCUUAUUGAAGAAACUGAGGAACACUUAAGGUUCUUGAAAAACUAUGGCGAAACAUCAUCCUGAUCUGAUUAUGUGCAGAAAGCAGCCCGGAAUUGCAAUCGGGCGCCUUUGCGAGAAAUGCGAUGGCAAAUGUGUAAUUUGCGAUUCCUACGUACGCCCUUGCACUCUAGUUCGAGUUUGUGACGAGUGCAAUUACGGGUCAUUUCAAGGUCGUUGCGUCAUAUGCGGAGGUCCGGGCAUUUCAGAUGCGUACUAUUGCAAAGAGUGCACGCAGCAAGAAAAAGAUAGGGAUGGCUGUCCGAAGAUAGUCAAUCUCGGGAGUGCUAAAACUGACCUAUUCUACGAACGCAAAAAAUACGGUUUUAAAAAGAGAUGAUUUUAUUCUGAGGGUGGAAUUUAUUUUCGUGGAUUUGUAUACUUCUAAGGGUGUUGUAUUUUGUUUUGUACUAUGAACUUCAUGUCGAAGGAGGUGAUAUUCGUAGGUAACGAAAGAUAGUUAGGAUUUUUCGUAUUUUCGUAUUUUCUUAUUUUCAGGGAGUUAAUUAUUAUGUGCUACAAGUCAGCCCUUAUUUUUCUUAUUAUAUCAUUCACAUUGUUGGGUGAUUCUUUUGGGAAGUGUUCAUUCGGUAAAACCGUACCGAAUUAUGUCGCAAUUUCGGUACUUCGAAAAUUUGUACUGUUUUACCGAACCGAAAUAUGUACGGUUUUCUACCGAA